CACGCGCGUGCGUAUAAUUUUCCCCAGCUUAUCACACAGGUAUACAUGGUAGUCGUGGGGCUUGGGACAUGCAGUGUGUGAAUGGUCGUGAUCAUGAACGUGUCAGAAAAGUCCGGCUUUAAAGGCGACGCUGCUAACAUCAGCACCAUCCUCUUUGACCUUGAUAACACGUUAAUUGAUACAACCGAGGGCGACAACAGAACUUGCAACACGUAAAUGGAAGCCACUGAUUAAAGCAAGGAUGGCAAGUGGUGGAAACAGUCGUUCUUCCACACCUGAUGUGGACUAUACUGAAGCUGACACCGAGUCAGAUCAGAUGGACACUGAGGAUGUGUCGAAGAGUACGGAGAUGGAUCACCACGAACCAUGCAUAAUGCCGAACCCAAUAGAACGUGGCAUCAUGAUCUUGAGACGGGCAAAUUCAGAUACGGAAAAAUUUGCUGCCCUGCUCAUGGUGACGAAACUCAUCAAGGCGGAACAGCUGGACGAAGACUCAAAGAAAAGGAUAAUGGAUGCCGUGGGACUCGACUUCUUGGCGCGGCUCUUGAAGACCAGUGACGUUCCGGAAGGGUGUCCUCCAUUCAUGUUUAAGUCGAUAUCCCUCACGAUUCUAACCUGUUUCAUUUCUUCCUGCGUGGGGAAUCCAACCUUGUACGGCCUCAUACCCGUGUUGAGCGACAUAAUAUCGAAGCCAGAAUUAUAUGAUGGUGAUUUGACUCUAGUAAAAGAUUCCUUUCAGUGCUUGAAAUGCAUUGCAUCGGAGAGAAGUGGGAGAAAAGCCAUAAUAGACUUUGAGGCAGUGGGGCCCCUCGUGGAUGCCUACGUUGCGGAGAGCUUCUGUUACGAGGAGGCACUAGAAAUCUUGCUCUUAGUGUUGGCCGAGGAAGGUCCAAGGACGUGGGAGGACGAACCAGAGGCUUUUACCAAACUUAUGGAUAAUAUGGCUCAUGAAUUUGCGGUUGACCAAACUGAAAGAAAGUUUAACCUGUGUGAGUUUAUCACAGAACUAUUACAAAGCUUGCCUGUUACCGCUACUUCAACAGGAAGUCCAUCUUGGAAGAAGGACUUGCACAAAGGGUUGUCUGAUAUGAUUUUAAGUAAAUUAGGUCGUGAACAAAGGGAUAAAGCUUUAAGACUGGCAGGUGUGGCCAUGGAGAGUCUUGGUGUUUCGUGGAUCUUGCAGGCGGAUUACGGGGCUCCGGCCGAUGGCAAGGGGAGGCAGGUGCUUUUAAUGAUGGUUCAUUUAGCUUGCAUUGAAGUAAGGAUGAGCCUGGAAGAUAAGACUUUCAAAGAGGCAGUUGCUUUAGCUUCCCCUACAACUGCCUGCUAUACAAUUCUUGAAUUAGCCAUCAACUUCUUGGUAAAUGGAGCAGUAAAUUUUGAACAAAAACAAAAGCAGCAGUUGUAUGCUGCCUUGAAAGGGGCCUUCAAUGCUGUUCUGAUCUUUUUAAAAGCUUCAUUUGACGAGUCGUUUUCUGAAAAUCCGAGGAAUCACCUUUUUGUGUGCGCCACCAUCCGGGUCCUUGGUGCUUGGUUAGCUGAAGAAACUGCUGCUAAUAAGGAGGAAGUUUAUGCAACAAUACCAUUUAUAAUCAAAACUUGUAGGUAUAACUUUGAUUGGAACAAUAAAAAGGCUGCCUUAAAAUCCAAAAAGAAAAGCCAGUCAAAAAUUAGUUCAAAAGAUGAUGAUGAAAAUUUGCCCGAUAUCUUUAGGUUCCUUUUACCAGGUUUGUGUCAUCUCACAGCAGAAGAUAAGCCAAGAUCUCUUUUAUUGGAGCUUGAGUUAGAAAAUCUUUUAUUUGAAUAUUUACAUUACCACUGGAAUAGCAUAAGAUGUGUAUUUGGGCCUCAAAGUAAAACAGAGGAGUUAGAAAUGCCAGCAGAAAUAGUCAAUUCGGCCACAGAAGCCAUGGAAACAAUCUGUAACAUUUUUAUGAAUAUUGUGGUGCAAGAACCAGAAAAGGUCAAGAUAGAUCCAUUUUAUUAUUCCCUACUUAAAUUCAUAUUCAUGAAAGUACCGGAUAUUCCUUCUGAAAGUCCACACCUUAGAUUGUGUGGAAACUUUUCAAUUCUUGGAUUAAUGAUUCUUAGGCACCAACAUCCAAAUGUGAAAAGCACAGACUUCACCAUUUUUAGAUUUGUGCAGACCACUGUGCGUUUCCUCUGGGAUGCCCAUAAUGUUGAGGAGAGUCAUGAUUAUGCCACUUUAGUUGUUUCCACAAAAUACGAAUCUCACUGGGGAAGCCUGAUGGACUUGUGGUUCCUCGGAAUGCAUACCCUCAGCCUUCUCCUCCCGUCAAUUCCUUGGCUGUGCGACUUCUUGAUAGAAAGCGAAUGGCCACAGACUAUUAUCCAAACCCUCAUAUCAGUCAGAGAUGGUGGCGUAGACCCAGGCCUAAAGAGUGCUCUGGAGGAUUUCCUCUGCCUUCUGGCAAAGUCCUCUAGAGCUGCUUUUAAUAUUAUGAAGGAGAAAGGAGUUGAUCAAGUGUGUAAGAAUCACAAGUUUGAAGAGUUGUCAAAAGUAUUUAGUUUGAGCACUGCUAAGAGUGAAAAAGCUGUAGGUACUUUAGAAUGCUUCUACCUAUUUGCAAACUUAAAGCCAAACCAUCGUAAUGUAAAUAUAACCCUCACGGAACUGAGUGUCUGGAAGCUGUCCCACUGGUUUUCUCUCCUCAGGUGUUCCUUCGGGAGUUUCGACAAGCUCCGGCUCCCGAUUUCGAAACAGAUGAAGCCGGGCUGGAUAAAUGGCGGCAAGACAUCUGGGCGCGGGUUUUACCAGAGGAUCGGCACGAAAUCUUUAGAUGAGCUGUACUCGCUAUGGAAGUCAGAAAGACUAAACCAACUGUCUCUGAAACCGAGUGUAACCAGCAUGCUCGAUGAACUUGCGACUGACUUCAACCUGGGACUGAUCACCAAUGGACCAUCUGUUGCUCAAUGGGAAAAGAUAAACGAAAUAGGCUGUAAGAAGUAUUUCGACUCGAUUAUCGUUAGUGGAGACCUGGAAGUUGAGAAGCCUGAUAAGGAUAUAUAUUAUAUGGCUUGUGGAGAACUGCAGGUGAGACCCUCUGAAUGCAUUAUGGUCGGCGACAAACUGGAGACCGACAUCCUUGGAGGCCUGAACGCCGGCCUGGCAGCGACGGUUUGGAUCAACAGCAAGAACAAAGACCCGGCGAAGGAAAUCCAGCCCACCUUCACCAUCAACAACGUGACGCAGCUCCCUGACAUCCUGCCCAACCUGACCACGAUUCUCCAGACGGAGGAUCAAACCCACGAUUGCGAUUGAUGGCGUGACAUGCGUGAUAGUCUUUUGCUUGACUUUGGGGAGUCCAGUGUUAGUGAUUCAGGAUGGUGUUAUUGAUUGUGAUUUGUUUGAUAUUGCCGUGCGCACGGACAGAGGGCUUGUUGCUGUGUCAUACACCAAGGACACUUUUCUGCAUGCCACGGUAGACGCGCGCACGUCCGCACGCACACACACACACACACACACACACACACACACACACACACACACACUCUCUCUCUCUCUCUCUCUCUCUCUCUCUCUCUCUCUCUCUCUCUCUCUCUCUCUCUCUCUCUCUCUCUCUCUCUCUCUCUCUCACACGUCACAUUCAGCCGCGUGACGUCACAUACCAGGUAACGUGACGGCUAGUUUUCGAGAACCAAAGCAACCUUGCUGAUGGCCUUACCACGCGAUGACUAAAUAUUGAGCAAACAGAUAACGUUGUUUUGUUUCUAGUUUUCUUCGUUCUAAAGGGAGUCAAGCAUGCCAGUGGUUGUACUCAACGAUUAAAAGCAAAUUCGUUGACAUUUCAACAGCUUUCUGAAAAAAAAAAUAUAUCCUUGAAAAUUAUAUUUUUAAAAAGCUGUAAUCCAUAAGGAUUAUGUGUAUAUUGAAAUUUGAGUUUCUUGGAUUCUAUACAACAGGCAAACAUAUUUUCUAAGUUCCUUUUUCAAGAUAGCAUUAAAAUAGCAAAUAAAUCGAUAUCAUUCAGCGGAUAUCAAUGACCGAACUUUCGUUAAGGAAGACAAAACCAGGUUUGAAUCAUACAUGGCCAAAUACCAGAUCGGGUCAGAUUUUUCCCCUUUUACCGUUAAAUCCGCAUGACUCAGGCAGCUAUGUCGAUACUUUGUUCUGGUUUCUCGCUAUACUUCCUAAAUGAAUCACUGCUCAGAUUUAAUACUUUUGGAAUAAGUGAGUCAGCGAUCCUCUAUACUUCCUAAAUGAAUCACUGCUCAGAUCUAAUACCUUUGUAAUAUGCGAGUCAGCGAUCCUCUCAGUAUUUAUCAUUAUUAUUAUUUUAUUAUUUUUUUAAAUUCCUUAUUUGCCAACCAAUCACACACGCAUACGGCAAAGUAGCGUUAGUGUUUACGGACAGAAAACGGGAAUAGACUCAAAGAAAAUGGGAAUACAUUUAUACACAUAAACAUAUUCACACACACCAAAAUGUAUAUAUUCACACAUGACUGCACUGUGACGGUGUACAUUAUACAUAUAUAUAUGAAACCCCCUAUGCAAACUGAUAAUGUCCAGCGCAUCAGUUACGUAAUAAGUGCCUUCAUAGAUAUUCAAAGGGGCAAACACUACACUCCCUUUGCAUUUACAUUUCAAACUCGUACUGAAAUCUCUCAUAAUUAUCGAUACUGUUAGUCCUCUCAUACUAUACUCACGUCUCCUCACUGCCCUUUUUCCCGCCUCAGGAACAUCCAGUUAUUCAAGGAUUUUUGCCAUGUCUUUCGCAUUCGCUCUCUCCCACCAUUCAGUCUUCAUUUCUUCCUCUUUCUCAUCGUGUUUAUCACCCCCACUUUAUCUACCCGCUUCAGCUCUUGGGUUAGAGUUUUAUUGUUGGUUGUCCUCGUGUAUUCAGAAGCAAGUUUUGAAGAAAGAGGAGGAAUAACAAAAUAGGUUUUUAAUACUUUGGGAUCAAAGACGAAGAGCAUUUUUUUGUCAGUAACUUAUGAAGAAACUUUUUUCUGAAGGGAUAGAAUCGCAAAGGAACAAGAUAGUAAAUAAAUGAAUGACAAAAAGAUUAUAUUUUGAAAUGUAACAAUUUUCAUAUCAUAGAAAGAUGUAGAAAGACAAAGAGGUAAUUAAGAUAGAAUAGAGCUAAUUGGUGUAUAAAAAUCUUAUUAAAAAAAAAAAAUGAUGAUUAUGGUGCUAUCUGUAAAAUACAAAAUCCGGAAACUUAUUGUGAUAAGCGCCACUGGCCAAGAAAACACGUAACCAUUCAUAAACGUGAAAUUUAAAAACUGUUCCGGUUAACUGGUGCGAAAACGGGUGCUCAAAAUUCGUCCCUCCUUACCUUUCUUGUUCUAAGCGAGAAACGUAAGGCUUUCCAGCACAGAAACGAUAUGAUUAGUUUACGUUGAAAUGACAAGAAUCAGAAAUAGAUUUGCAAUACUUUGCAAUACUCGGGGAGGCACAAGUGAGCCGCAUUUGUCCGUUAGGAGUUGACAAGUACUCAGUGAGGCAUAAAACCGCGUGCUUUUGCUGUCUAGUUUAAUGGUCACUUCCCCACCUUGAGUGCUUGGCAGUAGAUAAUUAGGCACCUGGUAAUUCACUGUCAUUUGUGCUUUGGUAGGGUUAACUUGAAGGAAAUAAUGUAGAUUGUAAAUAGAGAUGUAUUAUUUUUAACGUGCAAAUACUCAUGUAAAGAUAAUAAAAGAAUGAUGACUUUA